UGUGUCAAAAUAAGGUUAUGUCUGCUCUGUUAAAUUAAAUAUCUGUUUGUGUUUUUGAUACCUACGGGAGGAAAUUGAUCAGACUUGUUUAUUUUGCAAAAAAAUUGCUGUGUACUAACAAGAGUUAACGAUUAAGCGAAGUAAAAAGUCUCAUUUUUGGUGUGAAUACAAUUGUGCGUGAUUUAUUAUGAAAUAAAAUUGAAAGAUGAGACGAGGUCAUCAAGGAAUUGGCGGAUGGCGUAAUGAAACUCCAAGACAUUAUAGACCGCGAAACGGCGGCAAUCCACAUUAUAGACCUAACAGGAACUUUACUUUGUUAAAUCCUCCCAGAUUCCCACCACCUGAACCAAGGUCGCAUAGAUCAAAUUUUUCACAUCGCCAUGAAAAUGAUGAUCAUGACAGAUAUCGAUAUAGAUCUGAUUUAUCACAUUAUUCAUUUACGAGAUCAAGUGAUAAAAUACAUCACAGUGAAAGACAAAUUUUGCCUCUUUUACAACAAAACAUGAAACAUAGUAGCAAUGUAAAUACCAAUUCAUACCAUGGCACUCCUGACCGGUACCAUGUCAACAGCAUGGGCGAUAUUGAUCAAAGACAAACACAGCACAAAAGAGACUUCAAAGCACACCCAGUUCCACCGUGGAGUGUUGAUAACCAGUAUCAAGAUAUUGACGAUCGAGCUUAUAAUAGGACAUAUAAAAAUGAUCCUAUUGAGCAAAAUAAAACAAAACCAGAGUAUGUUGGUCAUAGACCACCAUCAUCUGAUCAUUAUGGCGGAAAUCCAAUUUCAACCAUAGAAAACUCGAAUACUUUUAGUAGGUCAGUUGAUGAUACUGUGAAUAUUGUUAGGAAACGCUUACUAAGUAAAAAUGACAGUCAACAGACACCAGACAGUGGAAAUCUGGAAGAAAAUAUUGUUGAAAGCACAAAUAUUGUGGAAGCGGCUAGUAGUCAUCAUGAACAGCCAGUGAGAAAAAAAUUACCAAGACAGAGACAAAAUAUUAAAGUGAAUUGUGACAAAAUAAAAAAUAAAAUAUUUCAUCAAUUGUUUAAAAUGGAUAAAGAAAAAAUACAUAAGCUAUUAGACAAUCCAAAUUCAUCAACAAAAUUUGAGUAUGCAAUAAAUAGUUUAUUGACAGAAUCGCAAAAUAGCUUUAACCAACAUUUGAGAUCUGUUGCAGAGAAAUCUCUAUGUUCCUCAAGUACAGAGUUUAUGCAAAAUGAUAACAAUACUAUAUACGAAGAUACAUUUAUGAAACAGAUGCAAUGCAUCUUAGACCCCCAGGAUACAGUGUUUCUUGAAGAUAUCAAGCCAGUUGUGAUGGCUGAGCUAAGUAAAGUAUUACAGUUAGAUGAAUUUGAGCAUAGAUUCGAUGCAAAUGAGGUCCAUAAUAAUUUUUCAUCCUUACAUCAAAACAAUGAGUCUGACUAUUCUCAAGAAUAUCCUCAAAGCACUUUUACCCGUAGAGAAUUACCUCAGAGCAAUACCAAUGAAAGCACAAAUAACACAGAAAAUUACAAUUACAAUUUUGUCAAUCAAGCAGAUAAUUAUUAUAUGCCUUAUGAAUCCCAGCAUACUACCCAACAAAACAAUGACGAGCCUAAACCUUUGUUUGAAAGACGGCCCAGACGAAAAAGCUGCAACUUAAAUCUUGAAAGAAAUGACACUAACAAAAUAAAAAAUGUGAGAAAAAGUGUAGACAGUAGAUUGACAGAUUACUUUCCAAGAGAGGAAAAGUUCAUACAAAAGGAAGAAACUCUACCUGUUUUUGAUGCUAAUGCAGAAUUGGCUGACGUUGAAGAUACAUUUGCAGAGUUAGAUAAACAAUAUCAUGUUGCAGUAGACCAUGAUUUUAUUGAAAAUGAUGAUUUAUGUAAUCCUGAACAAGAUUUCAAUAAAAAUCAUCACUCUGAUCUAAGUAUAAAACAAGAAAAGGACAUUAAAGAUGAGUUACAGCCAAGUCUGGACUUAUUUACUCAUCAUAAAAAUGUACACAAUGAUGAAACUGAUUUUCAUCGAAAUGCUAUCACUCCAAUGGAGGACACUACUUACCAACACUCAUGUCAAAUGAAGGAAAUGGAUGUGAAAAGUAAUAACAAUGACAACGAAAACUCCGAUAUUAUUGCAACACAACAAACAAAAGCUUCUGUAUCGGCAAAUUCAAGAAAAAGAACAAUAGAACAAAAACCUUCUCACCGUAAAGAGAAACGAAAAAAAAUGCAAGAAAAAUGUGACAUUACUCAUAAAACAAAUAAUAAAAAUGAAAACCUGCAUGACAAUGAUGUUAAUGUAUGUAUAACUAAGGAAAAAAUUCAAUCAUCAAAGUCUGCCCCUAGUAUAAUUUCUAAGAAAGAUGAGAAAACCCCUCCCUCUCAGGAGAGAAGAAAGAGUACUAGUGAGAAAAAUUAUUCUGAUAAAUAUGUUAAAAGAAAAGAAGGUGAUGUGAAACAGAAUAAUAAUAGAAAAAGACAAACAUCUACCUCAUCAAAUCAUUCCAUCAGUCCAAAAAAUAAUGAUACCUCAAUGAAUGUACAUACCCCAUCAAAAUCAGAGACAAAAAUUACUUUGAAAACUAUAGAUAUGUUCAUGGAACAGCCAAAAAAAGUAAAUUUACACCAUGCUUUCAGAAACACAGCUCAUCAAAUUAAUGCAACUAAUAAAAAAAUUGCUGAAAUAAAACCAAAACCUACAUGCUUAUUAAACCAAAAAUCUGCAAAAAAGCAUGAUGUUGGUACUCAAGUCAUAAAAAGAUUAUUAUCAAAAGAAACUCAAACUUUUGAAUCAAAAAGUUCAACCUCAAGGUUUUGUCAAACAGUCAAAACUAAAUGUGCCACAAAAGGAAUACAAACUGAUGUGCAGUUACCAAACAAAUCAAAUGGGUCCAAAUCUACAGAUGCAUUCGAAAGGAUGAAGGAAAUUGAUUUAGAGAUACAAGUGCUAUUACAAGAAAAGUUUAAAUUAUAUAAUUCAUUAGAAAGCAAAGAAGGAGCCAUCCCAAUGCAAUCAUUGGGCAUGACAGUUCUGAAUGUUGGUACACUUGAUGAAAACAAAGAAAGUAAUGAUGAAUUAGAAGAUGACAUUGUUAAUAAUUUUACCAGUAUACCAGAAGAAGAACUAGAGCAAAUUGCCUUUGAAACAGCUCAAGAGAAUCAAAAUCAAUCAUUUGUGAGCAGUCGUCGUAACCAGCGGCGAAAGGAAUUACAGAACAGACCAGACUCUGAAAGUCCACAUGGUUUUUCCAAGAGUAAUAAAAAAUCUAAAUCUCCUAAUAUUUCACUUAUUGAACAAAUUAUCACUGAUGAUCGUCCUUUGGAGGAUAUAAUAUCGCUUGACGAUCUUGAAGUGACCCCAAUAAAAUCUAAGCCAAAAAUAAGGCAAAAACCAAAGAAAAAGGCAGCUCCCAAAAGAAAAAAUAAAGGUCACACUGAAAAUGUUGAAUUGAAGGACUGCUAUGUCCUUCUAUUACAAGAAGAUUUUAGUAAAUAUUCCACAUGCAACAAAAUUGAGCAGAUUGUGACUGACAUUGUUGGUACAGAAGAUGUAAACAGAGAAUACCAAGAUGAUUUAAAUUAUAUUACUGAUACCAAAAGAGUUGAUGAUACUGUAGAGACUAUUAUUGAGGAAACAAUUGUCAAUGAUCUACAGUUUGAUAUGUUAGAUGUAUCAGAGGACAUUGUUAUUGGAGACAAUUGUGAGGUGAAGUGUACUGAUGAAAAGGUAGCUAUUGAUAAUCCAGAUGUACCUAUAUGCGAGGAAAUAAUUUUAGAUAAUAGCCAGUCAUCUAUGGAAGAUGUAACUACACCAGCUGAAAAUCAAGGUGGUGAAUGUAAAUUGUAUGAUUAUUCAUCUGAUGAGAACCUUCAACGUGAUUCCUUAAUUGUCAGUGGAAAUGCUGAUGCAAUUUUAGCUAUUGAGUGUGUUGAACAGAACUUCUUAGCCGCUGGACUCGAUGGCAAUGUAUAUUAUUUCAAUGGCGAUGGCCAGCUCAUCACCACAUUACGAGGAUCAAACUUGGCUGUCACUUGUCUCACUAUUGUUAAGGAGAAAUAUGGAACCACUGUGUAUACGGGCUCAUUGGAUUCUCGAAUACGAUAUUACGAUUUGGAGACUGGUCUAGAAAAAGGUCCAGAAUGUAAUGUUCUAAGUCCCAUACAGACAAUGGAUAGAGCCUGGGAUACAGUAUUUGUAGGUACAAGAACAGGUUUCGUCCUGCAGUUUGAGUGUAAAAAUAACAUGUUAAUACCAGUGAGUACAGUGAAAUUCUCUGACCAAUCAAUAUUGGCCCUUCGUGCAAUGAAAGAGGGACCACGUAAAGUAUUACUUGUGGCGGCUAGAUCUGAAAAUGUGACCAUUAGAGAUGCACAAACCGGUCUGUUGUUGCGAACUUUGUGCGGGCCAAAGAUGACUGUAUAUACACUGUUGUAUGAAGAUGGGAAGGUGUAUUGUGGUACCAGCAGUCAUCAGAUCCAAGUGUUUGAUUAUACUAGCGGCGUCCACGUGGGUACGCACGAGGGCGGCAAGGGCGCGGUGUGCCUGCGCGCGACCGGCGGGCUCGUGUUCGCCGGCUGCUACGACGGCUGCGUGUACGUGUACCGCGAGGGCGAGCCGCGCCCGCUCGCGCAACUGCGCGGCCCGAGCCUCAUGCUGCUGUCGCUGGCGGUGCUCGGGAGUAAGAUAAUUGCUGGAUUCAAAGACAGAAGUCUGUAUAUAUGGAAGAUACCACUUUGUAUAUUACAAGAGAUGAUAUUGUAAAUCCCUACUUUAUGUUGUAGAUUCACUUUUACUGAUUAUGUAUUCAUUUUAUAGUGUAACACCAUUGUAUAUAGAUAAAAUAAAUGGGUUAUAAAGAGUUUUUUUUU